CAUCCACAACUUCUAAUCCCCAAAAUUCACUUUUUAUUUUAUCAUUUCAGAUUCAGAUCCAAAUUAGGGUUUAUACAUUUUGCCCUAAAAACCUCACGCCUUCUUGUUUACUCUUCUACCUCCUCCAUGGAUCCUACCAAGAAGCGUAAACUCGACGAAAAUGGACUUUCUGAUACAGAUCCGAUUCCUAAACUUACACCCGAGGAUGCUCUCAAAAUCAUCGAGUCUAUCUCUACCGACCAACUCCGCGAUAUCGUAAAAAACACCGUUCUUUCAAAUCCCGACGUUCUUGAAGCUGUUCGUUCGAUUGCCGACCGUGAUGUUACUCAAAGAAAGCUAUUCAUUCGUGGUCUUGGUUGGGAAACGACGUCAGAGAGUCUUCGUGCUGUUUUUGCUUCAUUCGGACAACUCGAAGAAGCUGUUGUUAUACUUGAUAAGAAUACUUCUAAGAGUAAAGGAUAUGGGUUUGUUACAUAUAAGCAUAUAGAUGGUGCCAUUUUAGCUCUUAAAGAGCCCAGUAAGAAGAUUGAUGGCCGAGUUGCUGUAGCUCAAUUGGCGUCUGCUGGGCUUUCUGGUGGACCUACUAAUAACGUUGGUGGUCCUAAUGCUGACACUUCGUUAAGGAAGAUUUAUGUUGGUAAUGUUCCUCAAGAUAUGCCUGCCGAAAGACUGUUAUCUCACUUCUCUAGUUAUGGAGAGAUUGAGGAAGGGCCUUUGGGUUUUGAUAAGCAAACUGGAAAAUCAAAGGGGUUUGCUUUGUUUGUGUAUAAGACACCUGAGGCUGCUCAAGCUUCGUUGAUUGAGCCCACGAAGAAUAUUGAUGGGAGGCAGUUGGUUUGUAAGUUGGCUAGUGAAGGGAAGAAAGGGAAGGGAUUUGUGGGGCAGGGUCAGGGGCAAGGUCCAGUUGGUGAUAGUAUGGGGAUGCAGCCUGGUGGACCGGCCCCUGGACCUUAUGGUGGUCCUGGUGGACCCGGUGGGUAUUCGUCAUAUGGUGGUGGCUAUCCAGGUGGGCCUGGUGGAAUGGGACCUAAUCCAAUGAACUCAGGGUAUGCAUCUUCUGUGGGAAGUCAGGGACCUGGUGGGUAUGGUGGUAGUGGAAGUUAUAGUGGUGGGAUGAACGGAGGAGGAGGGUAUGGUGGGUCUCAAUAUGGUGGACCGAAUUCGACUGGGUAUGGGGGAUAUGGUGGUGCGGGAAGUGGUGUAGGAGGACCUGGAGGGGGUGCAGGACGUGGGGGUUCAAUGUAUGGGAUGCCACCCAGUUCAGGUGGAGGAUAUCCAGAUAGUGGACAUUAUGGUGGCUACCCAAGUCAGCAACACCAACCCACCGGGACGUCUCCGGCUCCUAGAGUACCACCUUCAGGUGGUGUUUCUGGGUACCCUAAUGCUCCACCUUAUUACUAAGGUGUAUGAAAAAGCUUGUUGGGAGGCAGAUGAUUAUAACUCUUCUGGGUGAUUUCGUGAAUGCCGACAAUGUGAACAGUGGCUUGAUGAAUUCAUUUGCUGUUGCUUUUUGGCACUUCUUCAAUUGAUCUGCUCCUUUUUAUUAGUCAUCUGUUUUGUGAUCUUGUUGGUAGUCAAAGUGUCUUGAACUAGGCUAGAUACUCUGUUAUGAACUCCUGAAUUUGCUAGUAUUGCUGAGAAUUUGCUGCUCAUGGUUUAUAUUUUAUUCAGUUGUUUUGAUGUUUUACUACGUUCAUUGGAGAUACAAAGAGGCGUAGUUUGUUUGACUUGUAUUUACUCCCUUCUUCCUCAUUUAGCCGAGGAAUUCUGCUUAAGCUUGUUUUAUGAGUGACAAGUCCUACUUCUGUUUGUUCACGUUUGGCGAUAACAAAACUGCUAUCGGGGGUGAUUUAUGUUUAAUUAUUUUGUGUGUAUGGCGGUAACAAAACUUCUUAGACAGGCUGGAGCACGCAAAUUGCCCAACUUCAUUACUUCACUAAUACUCCUAGUAAUAUGUAAGCAAAUACUCCUGUUCCGAAUUACUCAACUUUUUGCUGCUGCGGAACACUAGAUGCUUUGUUUGCUGCAUCUUGACUUGAUUCCCUAUCUUUUUAAAUGCUUCUUUGGGUGGCCUUUGGUAUUUGGUAAACGUUUUCGAAGUCAUACAAUUAUUGGUGUACAUUUGAGUGUUCGAUCAGAUUUCAGAUGUAAUUUAGUUGGAUUGAGUAGUUUCCAAUUUUGUGUCUGGAAUUUUUUUGAUGGCUUGCGUGUAAUCAAUGUCAAUUCAAUCGGAUUGGGCAGGGUUAUGUUCAAAUUCAGGUUUGUUGGAACCAUUGUAACAAGUUUGCAUACAAUGCUCGACUUGUUUGUGUCAGUUAGCCCCUUCAAUGUAUCUUGAUUCUUGAGUAGCUCAUGGUCCCAUCAUGAUUGACCUAGCUUUCAUUUUUUUUUUCUUAGCGUGUGUUGUGUGCAAGUUGCACAGCUCGAUCUAUAAUACGCUGUGUACCUGUUUCUGACUCAUUUUCCUGAGCUCGAGCUAUGUUUUGCCUUCCUGUAUUAUAUUUUUAGUUUGGAGCUUUUCUUUUGGGAUCUCAUCUAUUAUCUCGAUAUUUGGCCCGACUGACGAGACGAGCAAAAUCCUUGAAGAAAACAUUGCGAAUGUUGUCAAGAGUAAAUGCAUGCUUACUUUAUCUUGAACUUGUGUUGAACUUCAUUUUCCAAAUGUACUGCAAUAGGAUUUUUCUUUACCUAAAUACAAAUAUUAAUGUAAAUUUUCUUUGCGGAGUGGUCGGACUUUUGUGCAUUGAAUUUGAUUUUUAGUCGUGUGUCGUGUGCCGACUUUAUUA